AUGAACCUUAAGAAGAUGCCUUACGAUGUCACAUACUCAGGUGUGCCUUGCAGCAGGCGUGCGACGGCUGCGAAUGCAGCACGGGACGCGGCGUCUGCUGCUACGGCGGCGGUUUCGUCGCCGGCUUCAACUUCUGCAGCGGAGGCAGCAGCUUCUAUUCCUGACGGUGGAAGCGUAUCACGUUGUAGCCAUGAGCUAAAACAUUCCGGCAGGCUGCUGUCAUGGGGCUGCAAGCGUCACCUCAUUGUCUAUUUUUGCGUCGUAAUCGGGAUUAUCCACAGCUUUUCACCUGGCUACGCAGAACAGCGUGGCCUUAGCGUUUUGUCUGCUGUUGAACCAAGCCCAAAUGGCGGCGAAUAUGGUCGCAGGACAGCAGUUAAAGAUGCAGGAGAUUCUGUCUCUUCUCUCUUCGAAAUAAUUGAAGAGCGCAAGAAGGCCUGGGCCCUGGCUACUGCGAAAGGGGAAGGAAAACCCCCAGGCAUACACUGCGGUAGUGCGGUAUACAGACAAAUCAGUGCAGACGACACUGUCAUAGUCAGCCCAGAGGAGGCUUUAAACUGCCGCAGUCUUUGCCGCGCCCUUUUGCACAAACACGGAGGCACCUGCGAGGGGGCGUCGGACCCUUACACUUGCCUGAUGGAGCAUAGGUCUGAACGCUGGUUCCCUCAUGUCUAUAGGGAGCGCUGCGUGUUUACGCGGCCUUCGCUGCAACAGCCUGACUUCGAGGUCAGCGGCGGCAGUAGUCGAGCACCUGCACUUGUGCAGACGAGUUUCUCUGAGAGUUCGACACUGCACGCGUUGCGGCGGUCCCGUGCGGCGCGCUUUUACAUCAUUCACCGUUCGCUGGGUAGUGUUGAAGCCUCCAUGGGGGAGCAGGCGGAGUCGGCAAUUGUGCCAGGGGAGUUUUGGGAGGGCCUUGAGGCAGGGGAGAGGAGGGGCUGGGCCGUGACCCACACCUUCUAUGCACCUGCAGACGAAAAGGAAGUGCUGCCACUCAUACAACGCCUGACAGGGAGGUCCACAGGCCAGGCGAUCUGCCUUUUCAGGGAGAAGCAGCGGCAGCAGGGCGGAAGGGCGGGGCGCUUUGGGAUGGUGCCUGGACGCUCCUGCGCCGGCUCCAUUGGCGUCUUGUACGUGCUGGCGGUGGAGACACGCCCGUCGCCUGCGUUUGACGGGGCCUCUCUGGGGUUUGACUUGUGCGUGGCUCACCGGGUAUUCAAAGAAGAUGUGAUGACAGAGGAUACAAAAGUGGAGGAGCUGCGGCUGCAAACUCGUGUGACCGUGGGUACACCCUGCGGGGUCGCGCAAGGUUUGGACAGGGGCCUCUGGGAGGUGGCGUUCUACGCUACGCGGUACCCUCAAGCGAGAGGUGUGGAGGGCUUCCCAACUGGAGGUGACUGCCCUUGGCGAGGGGCGGUGCAACUGGGGGAGAAGUGCUUUCUCAGGACGAAAGAACGACGAGACGGCACCGCAAGGAACAACUUCUUUUCGGCAAAUGCGCACUGCAGAGACCUCGCAGAGGCAGUCGGUUUUGACCAUGACGACGCCAGUCUUGCGGUUAUCGACAGCGACACAGAACUCAAGCUUGUCGGAGAAUUGGCUUCAGGAGGUGGUGAGUCCUGGCUGGGCUUGUUUCAGUCGGGGCAGUGUCCGUUGGUGGUUCCUGGAGUUGGGACUGCAAGCAGACGGAGAGAGGAAGAUUGCCCUGAAGCUGCCUUGACUUCUCCCGACAAGCUCGGCAACCGCCUAAGUACCAUCGUUGACGCCUGCCCACCUGCACGCAGCUGGCCCCCUUGGAAGCCGGUCCUGAACGCAAACCCGAGGCCCAAAUGGGACCCUGUCUUCUGCGAUGGACAGCCUCGAUCACUGGAUGGCCCAAACUUCGCGGACUGUGCGUCUGUUGCCCAACAAGGGACGGGGCCGCCCUGUUUGCGGGCGCGGAGUUGUGACGCCUCCCUCAGUGCUGUCUGCUCCCUGCGGCUCAGGACAGGCCCUCGGAUACUGUCUAAGGGGAACCGAGGAGCACGAGACCUGCCGGUGGUACUCUGCAGUGACGCCAAGGACUGCUGGCUGAGUCUGGAACUGCCGGCUGUGGACUGGUGGGGGGAGACAGUGGAGCGACGACCCCACAAAGAGCGUCCGUUUCCCCUGGGUUUCUUAGGGGUGAUGCGGUUCUGCGGGUCUGGGGCCCUUCUUGCUGGUCCCUGGGCUCUGCAAACUCAAAUCAACAUUCGACAGGACAGCAGGAUUCGAGAGCUUCCAGCUGGAGUGUACGAGAUCUGCUACUGCUCGCCCGUGCGGGUUGGGGAUACUGCUGUUUCCUGUGUUGAGGGGAAGGAGUUUAGAUUUUUGCGUGCGCUGCUGCAACUUAGCAGCGGCAACCGCCGCCGCAGUGCUUUUCCCUCAAACAGGGAAGGAACCACGAUGAAUUCUACUCUGGCUCUCCCCUCCAUAUCCUUGAGGCCGCUUGCCGGGGCAGCAGCAGCAGCGACGUCGGAUGUAUGGCUGGAGGCGACCACAAACGAGAUUGGCCCCGAGUUUGUUUUCUGUAGAGUGGGGACGCAAAGACGUACCGAUAGCUCCUGCCGCUUUACCCUACGAAGUGCCGCAGCCACAGAGAGGCCUGUUGCCUUGUCCAUUGCCCCGGUUGCACAAGAGACAGGAGACAGUGCAGGCCUGUGCACGCAGCCAGGGAUCACCAUGGCGGUGUCGGUUAAAGGGGAGGCAGAGGUCGAGUUGCCUUCGUUCCUCCCCACCAGCCUGAACGAGGGUUGCACGUGGGCUCGUCGCGUUGCCUGGUGGGUUGACAUCCCUUCGGACGUCUCAUUAUCUGAUCCAAAGGCGUUAGUAGCUUCGCCCAAACAAGUUGAGGUGACUGUGAAUUUUCCCGACGAGAGGAUAAACAAUGCUUUCUUAGAUGUGGCUGUGGAGGGCUUCACCUCGAGUGACUUAACAGAGGACGUGGUGUUGGCGGUGGUCGAAGCAGAGAGCGUGAGAGACAGGGUUUGCAGCAUGCGGCUCACCAUGACCACGGAGAUUGAUGGUGGCACCUAUUCCGGCAAGUUCGACGAGGAGCAGCAGCUGCUGAUAUUCACAAUUCCUGCUCCCACAGUCCGCUCUAAACUCUGUCUCCUCUACACCGUCAGCGAAUACUUCACUGAUGUUCUUAGCCUGGGACAAGCCCCCCUGCCCACGCGGCCUGAAAGGAUCUCCGCUGGGGAGGGCCGCUGCUCGUUGGCCCCUAAGGGAGACUGCGUCAUUGGCCUCUACCCGGACUCAACUACUGUUAACGGGGCAGCUUUUUACCCGAACACCUUGGCUGUGAAGCUGCUCAAGGGCAAAGUGGAGUGCCCUCUUGAUCCUUCAGAUCCCGCAUUUGAAGCCUUCGCGGGGGAUGCGCAGGACAGCAAGGCUUUGGUAGACGCUGGCGCUGUCUCGAUGACUUUGACGCAUGCAGACUCUCUCAAGCUAAUUUUUUCCGUGGCACCAGAACUGAAACGAUGGGUUGCCAACGCCGAAAUUGCCACCAUCUGCAUGACUCAAGAGGGACUGAAAAAUCCAACACAGAAAUGCUGGGAGAGUGGGCGAUGCACUGAGCGUCUUGGCUACAUGCGGUGGACAGGUCCAACGUCGGGUUAUGAACAGUUCUUCCUGUGCCAACAAGGACAAACAUGCAGUAUCGAGAUCCGCGGGAUAAACAUGAACUUUCUCAGCAUGCACUACAGUCGUCUAGCUGCACUUGACACUUGUGGGAAAGUCUCAGGGGAAGGGAGCCUGCCUCUUUCCGGUGACUUUGGGGGCGUUGACUUGUCUUUGCCUUCGGAUCACUCCAGCUUUUUGCAGAUCUCCACCGCAGGCAUGCAUGCUCAGGAGGUUACGGACUUGGCUGGUGGGUCUGCCUCCGUGGAGGCCCUGCAGGAGCCCGUUGGAGAGCAAUUUUCGAGCAUCGCAUUUCUGGAAGCGAGGAGCUCUCCUGCUCGGCACACUUCGACUGCACUUCGCUUCGAGAUGAACACGACCAUCAGCCGGGGGAGCCUGGAGCUGUGCUGGAACCCUUCAGUGGGCUCCGUGCACAACCUGCUGGACCACACCGUCUCAGUAGGCCUUGUUAUCUUCCUCCCCAGGCCCUCCUUACAAUCUGUGAAGCUACCUCCAGGGUUGUUUGAACACUCACCCAAAGCCGUGACGCUUGAUGUUUCAGCUAAGCUGGAUCCAUUCUUGUUUUUGGGGUCCACCAAAAUCUACUUUAAGAGGGCCCCCACGGAGAAGAACGUGGAUUCCUGCAACUUCUCAUCGGACGCGGAGGGAGGAACGAUUACGGCCUCCAUGUCGAUAUCGGGGGCCACGGAAACAGAUGAUGGGCGUAGCUUAGGCACUGUUGUUGCUUCAGUCCAACAUGAAGCUUCCUCUGUUUGCUGGACCCAGUUCCUCACACCGUCCAGCUUCACAACCGAUAUUGCGUAUUCGACCUACCUUGGGAGGCUCCCAGGAUUCGAGGUACCCUCCAGUAAUCUUGAAGCCAUAUGCGGCGUCGACGCAGCUUUCAGCUGCACGGCGACCGGAACACUAAACACCAGCGCAGCAUUAGACGCGAAGGGUCAAGUUCUGCAAAAUCUCCUUUUGAUCCCUCCAAAUGUGAGCGUGGCAGCGGUUCCCCAGGAUGCGUGUCCUUUGAGGCCUGAGGAGAUCAGCUUUAGCACUCCCUCAGACGAAAAGGGGCUUACCUCGGAAAAGGUAGUAAGCAGCUUCGUUUCAAAUACGGUGACUAUUACACUUGACCGGACUUCCAGUCUUCUUGGGCAGCGCGGGUCUGCAGCUCUGUGCAUAGUAGACGACGACUGUACAAACCCCGAAUCUAAGCCUUGUGUGAAGCAGCUGGGGAGUGCCAAGUGGAUCGGGCCUGCUCGGUCAUCCUUCACGGAGCACCUGUGCGAGAAGUUGGAGGCUGGGCGCUGCCGACUCACCAUAUCAGGCUUCGAAAUGGCUUCUUUGGAUUAUAGCAUGCCCCGUUUGGCGCUUUCCACUAGCUGCAGCGAUGCCAACACUACCCCGUGGAUUGUUGCUGAGAACAUUGGUGCAGAGGAAGGAUCCGCAACUUUCCUAGUUCCUGCCACGGUGGGCUGGGGAUACCAGUUGUGCUGGAAUACUCAGGCUUCUCCUGGUUCCCCUGUGGAUGCCGACUCCACCUCAUUCAGGGAACAGUUUGACAUCGCAUUGUCCAGCAUCUCCUUUCUGCCUCUACCAGUUGUGAGAGCGCGCACGGUUUCUAGGAAGUCCCCAUAUUCCGCGAGUGUGGUUAUUCAAGUAAGCGCUUUGUUGGACGCGACAAUGGUCGAGGCGUUCGGUGGACGGGUUCCAAAGCAAGGUCUGUGGUGCAGCAUAAGCGUUGAAGCCUUUACGGAUGGCUCCAACUGUAGCAGCAGCAGCAAGCCCGUGACCCUGAGCCAGACACAAGAAGCGACGUUCGAGAAGGUGGUGAUUCACAACCGUCAGGAGGGCUCAUCUGAGGAAACAGGAGCCGAUGGAACGGAAGCAACAGUGGCCAUAAUGUCCUUCGAGAUACAGGCUGAUAUAGAACCGAAUACCUUCUGCUGGACAACGGUGGUUGUUGGAGAGAAUUCCAUACCCAUCAGGAAAACCUGGACACCCCUUGUAAGCGUCUCUGGGCCUGUCGCUGGACGGCUUGGAGGCUCCGUAUCAACUACUGCCCUUGCCUUAGGCUUUGUCCCGUGCAUGUCGGCGACUACAGAUUCGUCUGCCUGUAUCUUCAGCGUGACAGCUGAGUCACCAAAAGACCCGGCCUUGUUUCCCUUCAAUGAGCCCUGGAUCCUUCCAGAGCAGAGCAGUGUGUUCUUGCUCCCUGGGGAGGUUGAGUGCCCGAACGAAGACAGCUCUCUCUUUGAGAGUGUUGUGGGAUUAGAUGUCUCCGAGUCGAAUUUUAGCUCGCCGUUGCGUCUUCCAGUUGAGCCACUACCUGACGGUGAGGUGGUGGAGUACGCGACAUACAGCUUUGCCUCUGGGAGAGCUUGGCUAUCUGAGAACGGCUCCGCCACAAUAUGCUGGAGGGAUGAUGGCACUCGCAUUUCGACCAAACUAGGUCGAGCGCUGUGGCUAGGACCGCUUUAUUCGCGGAAACCCCUACAGAUGCAUUGCUCUCAUGGCGGUGGUUGCCCAAUAACUGUUCAAGGGAAGAACCUGACGAAGCUAGACCACUCCAUCAGUAGGCUGGCUAUUCUGACUAAAUGCGGAGAGGCCAAGGGCCUCGGGACUGCGCAACUUCGAUCGGCAACGGUUGGGGAUUCUAGCUUCCUCAUCUUGGGCUCUCACACCUCUAGGGGACUUCUGACAGAGGAAGACACGGAGCCCGUCCAUUUCUGGGCACUCCCUGGCAACGUCUUCCGCACGCGCUGUAAGCAGGGUACGGUUCCCGUGUUUGUGGAGGCCAAGUGGGUGGAUACUCGGGGAAUCUGCGGGGAUGUGGAUUUGACGGAUUUGUUGAACGUCCAAUGCAAAGGCAAGAGGACUUGUUUCUUCGUGCCCGUGGGCUAUGGGUCUUUCGAAUCCACUGGAGGCACCAGUACAACAGUCCAGGUGACUGUGCCGGACACCUGUGAUGAAAGGAGAGCAAGGAAGCUUUUGGGCACGUAUCGCUGCACCGAUUCAAGAACUGCUGUAACAGGCGUAGAGAACGGUGCCUUAGCGAACGAAAGUAUGGUGAUGGUUGAGCUGUCCACUAAAGUUAGAGUAAGGAACAGAACAGUUGGUGGUAUACAAGGACGGGAAGUAGGACCAGGAAACGAGCCUUCCAAUGCUAACGGCUCUACCUACAAUGAAAACAGCCCUAUCUCCAAUGAAAACAAUUCUGUCUCUGAUGAAAGCAUUUCUUUCUGGGCUCCCCAGGGAUCUCCAGGACUUUAUCAGAUUUGCUGGAACCCUCAAAUCGCUCCUAACAAUGACCCUUCCGCAUACUCUGAGUACCUAGGCGUCAUCGAGGUCUUGCCCGUACUCUCCAUUGUCGAUGAAGCAGUCGUCUGCGCGGGCACGGAGCUUACCAGUUGCACCUUUCAGGUGACUGUGGGCGCUCGAGAAAGCAUGGAAGAUAACCGGUCGAUGGCUUUGCUGAUCGAAGAUCAAGAUGGAACUGCCACUUGCCAGACGCCUACUGAGGAGCAGCUACGGGCGGCUGCUAUUAUGCCUCACCAGUCAGCGUGGAAUGAAGGGAACUCUCUAACUGAGUUGACGUAUUCUACGGAGUUACCAACUGAUAGCCGGAAGCUGUGCAUUGUGGCUAUAGACACUAGUCUGGCGAUCUUCGGUACACCGCAGUAUGUGGGCAACACUCCAGGAUCUUCCGCUCCUGCAGAGCUUCUUGGUGGGGAGGAGGUUUGCUCAAAUGGUGACAAGGAGCCGUGUGAAGUUAAACUUGUUCCUGAAAACGUCUCCAAGUAUUACAUUCUUGACAACCGCACUCCUGAGGAGGACGAAACUAGCCCUUCAUUCGAUGCGUUCCCCAACUUGGUGGGUCCUUCAGUUCGCAAGAUUCUGCUUUGUCACGAUGAAUUAAUGAAUGCUAAGCAUAAUUACUGA